AUGGAAAGAAAUUGGCGGACUAGCAUGCACAAGGCUGUACGAGCCCCGACAGAAGCCGGUGGUACCGAAAAACGCGUAGCGCAGGAGUCCGUGCGGUGCCCUUUGGAUACACCGGUGAAUACGUUCUAUCUCGUUUCCAAGGUAAGAAGCUGCCAGGUUUCGAUGGCCGAAUGA